AAAAUCGAAAUGAAAAAGGAGGAUCAUCUCUCACCGAGAGGGGGCGACCUCCUGUGGCAGAACAAAAAAACCCCGCCAAAGUAUCUGAGCGUAAAAGAGGAAGACGCUUACAUCCAAUCACAAGGAGCGACCGGCCCAAACCGGAAGAGGUCUGUUGUACACUUCAUUUCACAAAACGUCUGGAAACCUGCUGCAAGGAUGUCCUCAAACACAAGUAUUAUUCGCGUUCAGAUGUCAUCUACGGGCCAGGCACAGCGAGGCCCAGUCCACCUAAUGCCCUGUGAGAUCGAACACAACGGAUCUGCCCAGGUCUCACAGUACUUCACUGCUACCACAAAAGACCACAAACAAGAGAAGACCGUGUCAUUCAGAGGGCGUCGGUUGAAGGGGCAGGAACUCAGCUGUCCACAGGGCUACACUGGCUUGGUGCUGAAAGAGAUAAACAAGCCCGGCUCUGACCAAGAGGACAGAACAGUCAGAUUAUCCUCUGUGUUUGACAAGCUGACCUACUGGAACCUGGAAACUCCUCCGAACUCUGAUGAUACGGUUGUGAUGGCGAUGGAUUGGCCAGAGUUGGCUGAGGCAAUCCACGGGCCAGUAGAGGACUGAAGAGAGACAAAACUACCUGCUGAGUGAGAUGGCAGGUUGGUGCCACCUCAGUUAAGAAGAAAUGUUAAGAAUGAAAUGUACAGUUUGUGGUUUGUGGUUACAGUCAGUGAAAAGACCUAAGAAAUGCUAACCAGUUCGGUGUUACUAUGGCACAGCAAUACGUAACAAGUGUAAUGUUUAUAUUUUUGUAUGAUAUGUUCUUUUUUGUAGCAAAAAUAAAUAAAAUAUUGACUGACCAACCU